CAACUGUUAUUACAUAGUACACUCGCAGUCGUCGUCCCACUGGGGCUACUAUUUACAUGCAUCAUUGAGGUUAGUACCGACCAGCACUAGAACGCUGGUGCCGGUUAUCCUUCUAGCACAUCAAGGACUAGCAUGCCGCAUGUCUUCCCAGCAUUGACAUAAAUAGAGCAAGUGACCUCAUGCAACUUCUACUCAGGCUAGCUAUCCGAUUUUAGAGCUCUGAACGUUCAUCAUUCAAGCGUCAACCGGUCACCGGGUAUUGACCCACUUCAACUCCGCGGGGAGAUAAAGGACUAGGAGCUCGACUCGUGCUUUCAUAUUGUCACUCCCACCAUGUCUUCAACUACUUUCACUUAUCAGUUUGACACACCAACCUACAAAGGCACUUCGACAGUCCCCACUGGCCUAUUCAUCAAUGGGAAGUUUGUUGAACCCGUAGAGAAGGGCACAAUCGAGUACGUGACCGUCUUGAAUGCAGUCAAUGGAAAAGUCAUAACCUCGAUCGCUGCUGGCACCGCUGCAGACAUCGACAUCGCUGCUCAAGCUGCAAAGAAGGCUUACAAAGAACGCUGGGGCUUGAAGGUCCCGGGUGCGCAAAGGGGCAGGAUGCUCAACAAACUUGCAGACCUCCUCCAAGCCAACGCUGAUGAAUUCGCUGCCUUGGAGGCUUUGGACGUAGGCAAAACCUUCAAGGUGGCCCGGACGUCUGAUGUUCCUGGAUCCAUCGCUGUCUUAAGGUAUUAUGCGGGAUGGGCGGACAAGAUUCAAGGGAAAACUAUCGAGACGAACGAAAAGAAGCUGGCUUAUACGCGUCACGAGCCCAUUGGAGUUGUGGGCGCGAUCAUUCCUUGGAAUUUCCCUCUCACGAUGCUCUCAUGGAAAAUCGGCCCAGCUUUAGCAACGGGAAACGCUGUCAUCCUGAAACCGUCUGAGUUGACACCAUUGACUGCACUUCGUCUCUGUCCUUUGUUUGUCGAGGCGGGCUUCCCUGAUGGUGUCAUCAAUAUCGUGAACGGAUACGGUAGUACCGCGGGUCAAGCCCUCAGUGAAAAUAGGAUUGUCGACAAAAUAGCCUUCACGGGGAGCACACUGACUGGGCGCAAGAUCAUGGAAGCUGCCGCCAAGUCCAACCUGAAAAAGGUGACUCUUGAGCUUGGCGGUAAAAGCCCCAGUGUCAUCUUCGACGAUGUAGACCUGGAGCAGACUGUGAAGUGGGUGUCGCACGGAAUAUUCAUGAAUCACGGACAGGCGUGCACCGCAGGUUCCCGCAUAUUCGUCCAAGCAGGGAUAUACGACAAAUUUUUGAAGGCGUUCACUGAACAUGCCUUGUCACUGAAAGUCGGCGACCCAUUUGCACGAGACACUUAUCAAGGUCCCCAAGUUUCUCAGACGCAAUUUGAGCGGAUCAUGGGAUACAUCAAAUCUGGUAAGGAGGACGGCGCAACCGUUCAUGUCGGUGGAGAACGCCAUGGGGACGAGGGCUACUUCAUUCAACCGACCAUUUUCACGGAGUGCAAGCCGACUAUGAAGAUCGUACAGGAAGAGAUAUUCGGUCCCGUGGCCGCGAUCAUCAAGUUCACCACAGAAGAGGAGGCCAUAGAGCAAGCGAAUGAUACUCUGUAUGGCCUUGCUUGCUCUGUCUUCACCAGAGAUAUAGACAGGGCGAUUCGAGUCGCACAUAGUAUCGAAGCUGGUACUGCAUGGAUCAAUUGUCACAACUCCACCGAAUUGAGCGUUCCAUUCGGCGGUUUCAAACAGUCAGGCAUUGGGCGUGAGCUUGGCGAAUAUGCCUUGGAAAACUAUACAAAUGUGAAGGCUGUUCAUGUUAACAUUGGACACCGUCUUUGAACACCAGACAUUCACCAUACUUUGUAUCAAGAUUCUUUCAUUAUUCUUCUCAUUUUCUGCUCAGAAAGCGGAGUACCGGAUGAAUUUACAACGACACAAUGUAUCUAUGCUAUCAUUUCUAAUGUAACAACACCAUUUCUCUCUUAAAUCCGUGGACUAUGACAAGCUCAAACAUAGUGCCGUUCGACCUUCUACCUUUGCC